UUUUUUUUCACAAUGUCACAAUGCUCACUUCCACUCAGUCAAUGCUGCCCCCUUCAUGUACUCGCCUGUUAGAGUUUUCUUUUAGUUGAGCUGUGAUCCGCCGCUGCCUUCCUGUGCCUGGAAGUUGAUGGCUGAGCUCGCUCACUUUGUGAGAAGACGUAGCAGAUUUUGUGGGAGCGAAAACCAUUUGGGGGAUUCCAGUGUGCUUGGACAGUGGCUGUACGUUUAAUCCAGGGGAAUAAAAGAAUCGCAAAAAUGAGCGACGAAAUCUCCACCAUCCACGUUGACGGUAUCCCUCUGGACACGCUCAGUAAGGUUCAGACUUACCUGAAGCCGUUCACGCUGUCCCUGGAGGUCCUGCGGCAAAUUUCCGCUCGACUGGAGCGCGAUCUGAGGCGAGGCCUGGGGAAGCACUCGCACCACAGGGCCGCCGUCCAGAUGCUGCCCACCUUUGUCACGGCCACGCCAGACGGGACGGAAAAAGGCGACUUCCUGGCUUUGGACCUGGGCGGGACCAACUUCCGGGUGCUCCACGUGCGAGUGCUGGAGGAGGAGCAGAGGAUGGUGAAGAUGAACAGUCAGAUCUGCGCCAUCCCGCAAGAGAUGAUGCGAGGAUCCGGAGAAAAGUUGUUCGACCACAUCGCCGCCUGUCUGGGGGAAUUUCUCAAGUCGCUGAAUUUGCUGGACCAAAUUCUCCCUCUGGGCUUCACCUUCUCCUUCCCCUGCCAUCAGAAGGAAAUUGACAAGAGUAUCUUGAUCCGCUGGACGAAAGGCUUCCAGUGCUCGGGAGUGGAAGGCCAAGAUGUGGUGAAGCUCCUGCGAGAGGCCAUUCACCGACGAGGGGAUUACGACGUGGGCUCCAUCGCCAUGGUCAACGACACGGUGGGCACCAUGAUGAGCUGCGGCUACAAGGACCAAAGCUGCGAGAUCGGCAUGAUCAUCGGCACGGGCACCAACGCCUGCUACAUGGAGGAGAUGAAGAAUGUGAAGCGGGUGGAGAGCGACCACGGGCGCAUGUGCAUCAACACAGAGUGGGGCGGCUUCGGCGACAACGGUUCGCUCCGAGACAUUCAGACCGAGUUCGACGUCCAGGUGGACAAGACGUCCAUCAACCCCGGCAUCCACAUCUUUGAGAAGAUGAUCAGCGGUAUGUAUCUGGGCGAGAUUGUGCGCCUCCUGCUGCUGAGGAUGACAAAGGACGGGCUGCUCUUCAAGGGGCGGCCGUCGGAGGCGCUGCUGUCGCCGGGCGGAUUUGAGACCAAAUACAUCUCCGAUAUAGAAGAGGAGCUUGACGGUCUGGAAAACGGCAAGAAAAUCUUGAGCGGCCUGGGUCUGUCGUGGGAGCUGGUGGACGUGCGCGUGGUGCGUAUGGUCUGCGACACGGUGUCGUCGCGCUCGGCUCGCCUCUGCGCCGCCGCCCUGGCAACCAUCACCACACGGAUCCGGGUCGGCCGCGGCCUGGACCGCCUGAAAACCACCGUGGGAGUGGACGGCUCGGUGUACCGGAAGCAUCCCAACUUCAGCGCCGAGCUCCAGGCCACGGUGCGCCGGCUGGCCCCCGAGUGCGAAGUCACCUACCUGCUCUCAGAGGACGGCAGCGGCAAAGGGGCCGCCAUGGUCACGGCCGUGGCGCAGAGGCUGGCCCGCCAGUCGCGCCUGCUGGAGGACAGCGACGGUGAGGACAGCGACGACGACGACGACGACCAAUGAGAAGCCUCCGACACGAACGCACGUGGCGCCGUUUAUUUCCCAUAUUUUGGGGUGUCACCGCCUCAUUGG